GGGGUUCAGUUUCACAUGCUACUCACGCAGAUAGAAUGGAAGCCCAGCUUGGCCGAAGACCUUUUCCUUAUGAACUUUUCCAUAAGACCCACACUAGGAAAGGCACCUCCGAUAUGGUUGAUUCACGAGCGCAAUCAAUUAAGGAUGCAUUUUUGGCGCUUAAGGAGCAGUCGUCUCAACCACAAGAGGGGUGCAGUGACCCUCCUAUUGUAGAUGAGGUCGCACUAUAUUAUCAAGUUGUUGGGGGGGAGAAGAAGAACAGGGUUUAUGGCAUUGGAUCUCAAGCAUCAAUUUUUUACCCUAGCUCAUCACAUGGAUCAUCUUCUACUGCAUCCUAUUAUGCUCAGUCAGAGGCAAUGGAGGAAGAGAUUCAACAAUUGCAUCAGACUGUUGCAACGCUCAAGGAUAGUUUGGUUGCAAUGAAGGAGAGAGAUCGACAACGCGAGUUGAUGCUAGAGGAGAGAUAUAGACAACGUAAGCAGACCUUUGGAGGCGCAUGCAACAAAUGA